GGCGAGCGAGAUGCUGGAAAAGGCCUGGAGAUGCGGAAGCUGGUGCUCUCUGGUUUCCUGGCCAGCGAGGAGAUCUACAUCAAUCAGCUGGAGGCCCUCUUGUUGCCUAUGAAGCCACUGAAGGCCACAGCCACGACAUCGCAGCCUGUCCUCACCCUCCAGCAGAUAGAGACAAUUUUCUACAAGAUCCAGGACAUCUAUGAGAUCCAUAAGGAGUUCUAUGACAGCCUGUGCCCGAAGGUGCAGCAGUGGGACAGCAACGUCACGAUGGGCCACCUCUUCCAGAAGCUG